UAUAAUAAUUCACGUUCGGUGGCGUCGUAAUCGUUUUAAUGUCACAACUUUUCUUAUGUGUACAACUUGAUUUUGUUUACGAAAUUAUUUUUGUGUUUAUGAGUUGAACUAUUUAAAUUAUGGAAUUUAAUUUGAAAUUCGUUAUUCUAGCUACGUUAGUGUUGAUUUCAAUUUUAAUAAAAUCGAGUUUGUCUAUAAAAUGUUGGGAUUGUAGAUCAGAUGCUGAUCCGAAAUGUUCGGAUCCCUUCGAUAACGCCACAUUCGCAAUAACGGAUUGUGCUACACUGAAAGAAUUGGAUUAUCUACCGGGAGUCUUACCCACAAUGUGCAGAAAAAUUAGACAAAAAGUACAUGGUGUAUGGAAGUACAUAAGGAGCUGUGCUUAUUUAGGCGAGCCUGGAAUCGCCGGAGACGAACGUUUCUGUUUAAUGAGAACAGGAACUUACAACAUUUUCAUGGAAUACUGCACUUGCAAUACCAAAGACGGUUGCAAUAUUUCUUCUCGUAUUGCAAUCUCGCCCGUUCUUCUUUGGACCACAACUAGUAUUUUUGUUUUAAUCAGGUUGGUGCGGUAGGAUGCUCAAAGUUCAAUAGUUGUGUAAAUAUUUUUAUGUAUAUGAUAUUGUAGCAACCAGGUAGUUGGAAAUCCAAAAAAUCUUCUUCAAUUUUUAAAAAAAAUUCAUUUUUUAAAGAUAGGUGUUAGGGGUUAAAAUAUAUUUUUUUAGCUCUAAUAAUUGUAUAGAUCUGAUUUUUUAAAACUUUGUUAUGUAGCUCAUCGUGAACACCACAACUUAUAACUUGACUUUAUUUUGUAAUGCAUGCCGUCCAAUUAUAUAAUUUUUAUAAAGAACGUUUUUAAUAAAAAUAUUUUUAUGUC